AUGCAUUCCAAAUUUCAGAAAGAAAUAUUGCAAUUUUAUAGAUAAGUGAUUAAAUGGGCUAACCUUAAACCUGAACCUGCAAGAUUAACCAUUAAAUAGUAUGCUCAAAAUGAAUAUCGAAAGAAUUAAAAUAUUCCUAAAAAGAAGUUUGAUCGAGUAAUUAUUUGUGAAAUAUAUUAGAUUGAGUUUCUCUUUAGAUAAGGAAAGAAUAAAUAUGAAAUAUGGAAAGUAUUAAAUUUAAUAUAAAUAGGAUGCAAAAAUUGACAAAAUAUAAAUGCAUUGAUUUAUAGUAAAAAUUUAUCAAAUU